AUGUCUUUAGAUUUAUCCACCUUAUCACAGGAUCUUCAAUUCCUAUUACGCAACUUCCCCCACUACAUCAACUUUAAUGAUCAAUUUUACUUUGCAUUGGCAACAAUUGCAUUCAAUCCCAUCUUUUGGAACACGGUUGCUCGUUUGGAAUACAACACCCACUUCUUGACUAAAUUGGCCGGGGGAUCAGCCAAAAUUGGCUGCUACAUUUUGGCAUUCACCAUCUUUUCAUUGGGGAUCUAUCGUGACUCGGUGUAUCACAAUUUACUAUUAAAUCAACCAACCUAUCAACCAUUGAUUGAUUCUGUUGUCAUCAAACUGUUGGCAAUUGCUGCUUUUGCAUUUGGUAAUGUGUUGGUGGUGUCCUCAAUGUGGGCAUUGGGUGUAACUGGUACCUAUCUUGGUGAUUACUUUGGAAUAUUGAUGAACGAAAGAGUCACAGGUUUCCCAUUCAAUAUCAACGACAAUCCAAUGUACAAUGGAUCUACUUUAUGUUUCUUGGGUUCGGCUUUAUGGUAUGGGAAACCAGCAGGUUUGGCAGUGUCUUUGUUUGUGUUUGUCAUGUACAAAAUUGCAUUGUUGUUUGAAGAACCAUUCACUGCUAAAAUUUACGCUAACCGUGCUAAAUUGGAUUGA